AUCGAAUCGUCUGCCUUUGCUGUUCGUCUGUAUGUGUGUAGCAGUGCCGGAUGAAGUUUUGAUAAGGACACGAAGCCACCUACAGAACCCGCAGAAUGGCGUAGACCACGCGUAGUUUUCGCGUAGGAGUUUGGUGCGUGUGUGUGUGCGUGUUGGUGGUUUUUCCCCGCUAUAACGGUGCGUGUUUGGUGUGAUGAAUUUCAAUCAGUGCUGGUGAUUUGACGUGAUUAUCAAAAGCUGGAAGCUGAAGUCUGAAGCACACGCGGCCUAGGACGGACAGGCCGUAGGGUGGUUAAGGAAGGAAGCAAGGACCAGAAGUUUUACGUGCCAUUGUGUGACGGUGCUGCGGCCUCGGGGUGGAACGAGAAAGCAGCAGAAUUUUGUCCGGAGCCGCCACCAUCGGGCAACGAUCAAGCGACUGGUUUCAUCUUUGUGUCGCAAAACAGUGCGGUGUGCUGGUGCAACACGACUAGGAAAUAGAGCAACUAGACAGAUCAUUCUACAACCAAAAAAACAAGCGUCCAUUAAACCUGGUGACAUUUCCGAACAUUUGCGUGUCGCUGGGAGGAUUUUGCCAAAGAGCCCUCACCCACAGAACAUAAAUCUAGCAACAACAAAAAAAUGAAAGGUAGACAUCUGCGGCGGCGGUUCAGCCUGCAGCCAUCGUUUAUGAAGGACGACUCUACCGAAGACCGACCAAAGCGAGAAAAACCACUGAAGAAUGAUGAAAACUCCAUAAACUCGAACGUGCGGCACAAGAUCGUCAUGAUGGGUGCGGCGAAGGUGGGCAAAAGCUCACUCAUCACGCAGUUCCUGUACAGCAGCUUUUCGCCGAAGUACAAGCGCACCGUCGAGGAGAUGCACCAUGGUCACUUUUCGGUCGGUGGCGUAAAUCUGACGCUCGACAUUCUCGACACUUCCGGCUCGUACGAGUUCCCUGCGAUGCGAGCCCUUUCCAUCUCAUCAGCGGAUGCAUUCAUACUGGUGUACGACGUCACCGACAGUAUCACGUUCGAGGAAGUGAAAGCGAUACGUGAGCAAAUCCACGAGAUUAAAUCGACGACGGCGGUACCGAUUGUGGUUGUGGGCAACAAGACCGAUUUGAGCGAAGAGGACGAGGAUCUGCGGCAGGUGGCACGUGACACAACCGAAUCGAUGGUAACGGUAGACUGGGAAAAUGGUUUCGUCGAAGCAUCCGCAAAGCUGAACCGUAAUGUUACACAGAUUUUUAAGGAACUAUUGGUGCAAGCUAAAAUAACGUACAAUCUCAGCCCGGCCCUGCGACGGCGAAGACGUCAAUCGUUGCCACAACAGGCCAGCACCGGAAGUAGCGGAGCUCCGGCAACACCCCAAGCAUCCCCCAGCGUUCACGUUCCAUCCGUCGCCCAGCUGCAGCACUUGCAGCAGAUACAGGACAAAAGUCUCGGUGGCAAACGCAACUCGUGCAUCCUUUCCUAAUGGGUUACCGCUUAACGGGUGGGUUACGCAUUACGUUUUCCUCUUUCCCAGCGAAUCAUUCGGCAUUCCUUGCAUACUUUCAAUAAGCAACAUGAAAAGAAUAAGAUUUUCUCUCUAAAUCGGCCCCAUCGGAAAUGGUUUUCAGAACGAUCGACGAACGUAAAAUACGCUAACUAUCCAUCUAUACCAGUCUAGAACACAUUUCAUACCACAUAAAAUUCGCUCUGAAAAAUAUGGUUUUUAAAGUCAAAAGCGUGGCCAUUGGCUUGUAAAAUAAGAAUAUAUACACCCAAAAGUAUUUAAGCAGUGCGUCACUUCAUUCUCCAUAUUUGUCUCCACCAUAGUCCACCAUAGCACGUUUACAGCAGAGCAAAAGAUUUGUGAUGUUAAUAAAUCAAAAAUCGUGUCAAAUCGUUCGAAAAAAACAAACAACAAUGUGUAAAGUAUCGAAGUGGAAAAAUACGGGUAAUAAAAAUGGGGAACCGAUUGUCGGGCUUUGCGCGUAGUAGCAUGACACGAACCAAAAGCGAAUGGUAAUGGAAACCACUGCACUAGACGAACAAAAGCUUCAAACGCCGAACAAAUGUAACCACACGUUAUAUAGAUAAGUUAUGCCGGUAAAGAGGUGUUUUUUUAAAAACGCAAAAUUUAAUGUCAGUCGGAAGUUCCCUACAUGUUUCGCACGAUUCAACAGCAAAAACGACCUAGCAGCGUUGCAUAGCGGCUAGAGGGGUUUGAAUGAAUCGCAAUACUAAAGUAAGGGAUUAGGAUGAGGCGGAUGAGCUCGCAUACUGAACAAUUCGAACCCAAUUUCAUCCAGAGUCCAUUUCGUGUGCGUGUGAAUGUUAAUGCGUGUGUUAGUGUUUUGAUAAUACUGAAUAAAUAAAUCUGUUCCCAUUCAGAAAGAGAAAAACUAUUGCUCGCAAAUGGCCAAACAUUUAAAAACAUUUCACACCUUCAAUGCCAAACGCUUCGGGAGAUAAUUAAAUCUGUUUCUUCACAAAAAAUUCACCAAUCAAAAAUCACUUAUUGACUUACUACAGAUUCAACAACAACAAAGAAAGGCGUAAAACGCGCCUAGUUUCGAACGUUUGAUUCUUCAAACAAAGCGUCAAAACGGUUUGUCUUCGUUGAAGAAAGCUAGGAGAAAAGCCAAAAUCAAAAUAUAAAUACAACAUUAAACACCAUCUCUAGAGUUACUGAAAUGAAGGCGAAACAAUGUAUUUUGCAUAAAAUAUUCUCACACAUAAACAAUCAUCCAGAGAAGAUAAAAAAAAACGUUGUCGUUGCUGUUACAAUACCUUUACACUACGAUCUGCACGGUACGGUGCUAAUGCUGUAUCGAGUUGCAAGGAUGAUAGUCUUUAUGUGCUAUGUACGUUGGAAGGAAGAAGCUAGAUUGAUACAAAAAUUUCCCCCGUUUUUUUUCCGUGUCAAAUGUGAAGAAUCAAUAAGGUACUUAAGUGUAUAUUUAAAGGAAUGCGCAAUGAGCUGUAGGAAGUCCUGGUGACUUGGAAUGGGGCCCGGUUUGGCCGGACAUGCCGUGUGUGGAAAGCGGGCAAGCAAAUAUUAACGUGUAAUAGCUAUUCAACAAAUCAACAACCCGAAAUGAUCCAAAUCCCUAAACAUAUAGGUAGAGUGUGCCGGUGGAAGAGUGGACGCGAGAGAGCGAAGAGUAAAUAUGUAGGUCGCGAAAAACAUUCAAGUUGAAAGUAAAUAAAUUUAACCCAUGUAACUGGUAACGUGUAAA